AUGCGAACACCACCACCGAUGAUCAUUGGGAUUGUCAGUGCUCCCGUAGGGCUGGUCUUGGUGUUUGUGGCAGUUUUGACUCCACAAUGGAGACAAGGGCCCAUUAACCUGGGGAAGAACAUAGCUGUGAAGUCUGAUGGACUGUGGGAGUCGUGCCUGGAACUGCAGGACACCAAACAGUGUUGGCCGGUGACUACUGUGUACCAGAGGGAUGAGAUUGUGCAGUGGUCCAGGGCUCUCAUGCUAAGUUCUCUCCUGGUGUGUGGGAUGGGGAUCAUUGUGGCCAGUGUAGGGAUACGCUGCUGGAUGGACUUUCCGCUGCGCAAUGUGGCCGGGGCCAGUGGGGUCGUUAUUAUCCUGGCUGGGUCUCUGUGCAUCACACCACUCACUCUCUACAUGACCUUGAUGCACAAAAUCAGCCCCGACACUGAUACCCAGUACCAGAGUGGAAGCUCCCUGUAUUUUGGCUGGGCAGGAAGCUGCUUUGAGAUCGUCGGAGGAUUAGCCCUUGCCCUGAGUUUCACUUGUCCAAAAUGCAAGAGAUGCAGAGAAUCAGGACAAAAUGCCAAAAGAACGUAUGAUGUUGAUUACUAGAUCAUUUACCUGGGGACUACCCAUGCUGAUUUGUUUCUAACAGGCUACUUCACACUAAGGAUGUGUUAAAUAUCAAAUGCAGUGUGACUGUUUGUG